AGCUUGGGAGUUGAAUGCUCAACACCUAGGUAUUGCGCACGACCGGCUCGCUGUUAGCUAGGGGAUCACGCGUUGGUCUCCCGUGGACCAAGUCCCGUGUCAUUGUUAGUGUUGUGCGGAUGUCAGGAGCGCAAAGACCGACCUGGAAGCCAACCCAACAAUAGAUUGGUGUGAAAUCAAACAAGGAGAGGCCCCAAGAGCCCAAGACGAUCUAUCUGAUCGGGUUGUUAUUAGGCGUGGAUCAGUCAGGGGAGACAGGGGAUUUCCGAAUUGCGCAGUGGAGGAACAGGGACGUCGAGUGCCCACAAUCCGGGAUUCGAAGAGCAACGGCGCGGGUCCAGUUUCGUCAACAUGACAUCGUCCAGUUUGGGGGAACAGGCGGCGGGCCCGGGCCAGGGCCUUGCCCCUGGGGCUGCUUCCACAUUUCACUUCACAGUGGACUCGUUCAGCGCACGCACACAAUUGCGCAGAAGAGGAACCACCACUGGGGCUGACAGGAAGAAGAAGGGCACGGACAGCCCUAGCGCCGGAACUCGAGCUCCUGGGGGAAAGAAGCACAACUCGGCCGUCAUCACCUCCAACUCCAACACCAACCAGCUGCCCGGGCCUGGAUCCAACCUUGACACCUACAACACCACGGUCACCACCACCACCGCUCGCCUAGCAACCGGCAACGGCAGUGACAACCUCAACAACGGCAUUUCACAGACUGCCGAUGAGAGCAACGUCCAUCACACGCACCGUCAGAACCACAAUUCCUCCAAACUUCCCGCUUUUCGCUUCGCCGACCUUCAGAAAAAGGACGCAUCCAGGUCGCUUUUCCCUUCGCUGCCGCUCCUGCAGCCCAUCCACAUCCCACCCUCACCUAAUAAAUCUAGACGGGGCCCAGUCUCGUCGACAGCUGGAGACCCUGCGCACCUGCAAUUACCUCUUGACCUACAGCUAGCCGCAACUGCCAGUCCACCACAAUUUAACCAGCAGCAAUCGACUAGCCCAUUUAAUCAUAACCUCGUCAACCACCCACAGCUUUCGAGCUCGACUACUACUGCAGCAACACCGCCAAGACAAGCCCACAAGCGAUUACGAGACUCUCCUGCCAUUCGAGCCUCGACGUUCCAGCCCUUUUCGCCAACAGCACAGCACUCGUCUAUUGGCUCAAAGCGCCCAGCCUCUUCCGUCUGCGAUAGUCAAAGUGCCGCCAGGGGCCCGUAUGCGUCGAGAUACCGGUCUGCAUCUAUCGUAACACCCGUUGGGAAACGUCGCCAAACGACCUCGAUCGGACUUUCACCUUCCAUCGAUACUGCGCAGGGCCCACGUGAACCGGUACCGCCCGCGACCACCAAGUCGAGGAAGAUUAAUGAGAAGAGGAGAUCCCGCCCGCCAGCCUCUUCCAAACCCGCCAUUGUCCUAAGUGCCUCCGGUCCCGGCUCCGGAGGGCAAGCAAAUACCUCCCCGACCCGAACAUUACGCUCGUCGACAUCUCGCGACGACCUGUUGUUCGACGACUACGAUCCCGGGCGCACCGCGGGCGAUACAAACGAGGGGGACAUGUCGAACUCAACCCAGAGAGAACGCGCAUUGAGGGCCCUGGAGGGCAGACGGGAUGACGAUAUGUCGCGGAUGACACCACCAGAUUCGGCUGCUGCCGCUUCCGACAAUGAAAAUACGGCCGAAAUCUUUAUGAAUAUUGCCCGCGAGGAUCCAGCACCGCGGCCGGCGCAAAGCCGGACUGAGGAUCAGAGCGCAAUUUCACGCAUAAAUCGAACCUCCUCCCAUCGCCGGCCACUAUCUACAGCGAUACCAUCUUAUCAGACGUCAUCACCGCCCCAGGUGUCUUCUCGGCGACUUUCCGAUUCCCGCGACACAACCUCGUCCAAAAGCCGGCUGCGUUCCGACUCACAAACAGCCCGCGAACCUUUCCGAGGCAUCACGAGAGAUCGUCUCAUUACCAACCUACCGCAGGAGGAUCUUGGUCGCUCCCAGUCUGUUCGAACCUCUCUGAGACAAGCCCCGCCAACCCCCCGGCAGAUAGCGUUCCAGGAUGCUUAUGAGGCGGGCGCCGGACUUUCACGAAGAUCGUCAAUGGCAGAGAUCUCGUCCGUUGGGAGGAAUUCACAAUAUCGGAAUUCGAACCUUGCCCUUGGCGGCCGGAUUUACAACUCGUCGCCAUUAGUUCCCCGGGCUCCUGAGCCGCAAAGACCAGAACCACCUCAGAACGUGGAGACAAAUCAAGGCGCCGAAGGGACGGAUUCAUCAACAUCGACGGCGGACCCCUCUACUGUCUGGGAUGAGCUGGACGACCUAAAGUCUCGCAUUCAUAGGUUGGAGUUGACGGGGAAGAAGCCACCGUCAGGAGCAGGAAAUUCCAGGAGUUCAGAGGAGCGUCCGCCUACAGCGACGACCAAUGCUACAACCAUGUCCGCGUCGCCGAAGCGUGGAUCGGGAGGAACUACUGUUAACCACGGAGAGACGGCUAGUAAUGCGUCAUCACGAGAAACACAGCCCAUUCUUCUAUCAGCCCUGUUAAAGACAAAAGGCCUGAUCAGUGCUGAAGUCUUCAAUGCUAUUGAGUCGGCAGCAAAUGACGCCUUGGCUUUGACUUCCAUGAUUGGUGCUGCCGGACAGCCGGGACCGAUAUCGAGCGGCGCGAGUGUUGUUGGGGGCUAUGGUAGUGGUGUCACGGAUCGGCAGCUCCGAAGGAAAGCGGAUAGUAUCUGCAGGAGCUUGACUGAGUUAUGCAUCGCAUUGACGGAUGAAGCUAACCAGACCAAGCCAGCUCAGCCCGCGGCUCCCAACCGCGAGACUGAAAAGGUCAUAACACCAACAACAGCGGCCAAGUUCACAGGCAUCACGGGCCAGCGACGAUCGAGCAUUAUUGUAGAGACAGCAUUGCCACAACCGAGCGUUACUAGUCCUAGGGCUCCAACGACAAUGGAACAGCGAAGGAUAUCACUCUUGGCUGCGAGUGCUCUACCGAGUCCCAGGAAUUCAGCCGUGCCAGCUACCCCCGUUGACUUUGGUACCCCCGGGCGAAAAUCGUCCCUGCUGUUGGCUCGGAACCGCCGGGUUGCGGUAGAGGAACCGGAGGAGCAAGUCAAUGGCAGAAGGUCGUCGUUGCUUUUGAGGAGCCGGAGAGUAGGACCAGAGGAACAAGAAGAGAUGCCUGCGGAGGGCCGCAAGACAUCGUUGCUGCUCCGUUCCCGGAAAGUCUUUAACGAGGAGGACGAGGACCGGUAUCGCACCCCAUCCAGGGCCAUAACAGAGGUCAAUGGAUUGCGAGGUACUCCGCGUGAAUUCACCGGUCAAACUUCGUCUCCUCCUGACAAUACUCCGCUUGGCUCUUCAGCUUUGCCCCGCAGGCGAUUGGUCCCUACCUCGAUAAGUUCCAGGCUGAGUGCCCCUACUGCUCCUGUAAUUCAGCCUUCGGCCAGCCGUCGAUACCUCGACAGGACAGCAGGUGGAGAGCGGGAGACCGUCGUUGCCAGCAGCUACGCGGAAAGGCUUGCGGAGGAGAGGGCGCAGCGCCAGCUGUCGCUGGGUCAGACGGCGAUGCUCAAUCGGACUGGUAGUAUCAGCCGACGGACGCGUGACUCGGGGAUACCCAGCAUUUCCACGUCGAACUUGCAACAGCAGCAACAUCAACAACAAGCCAGCGCGCAACAAGUUGGCGGAUACAGAUGAGGAGUAGUUGAG